AUGUGGUCUGCGGAUGAAAGAAAAAGGAGUUCUACGUGGAGAGAAAUGUUUGCUAUAAAAAGUUGCCUAGAAACUUUUCAGUAUCAGUUAGUCGGGAAAGUAGUGAAAUGGUUCACGGAUUGCCUUAAUUGUAUUCAUAUUAUUCAAACUGGAAGUUCAAAACCUGAUUUACAUCAGUUAGCUAUGUCUAUAUUUUCAGUAUGUGUUAAAAAUUCGAUAUAUUUAGAUAUACAGUGGAUUCCUAGAGAUCAAAAUGUUCAGGCUGAUUCCUUAAGCAGGAUUUUUGAUUAUGAUGAUUGGAGUGUGACUGAUGAAUUUUUUCAUUUUAUAGAUAACUUGUUUGGGCCGCAUACAUGCGAUAGAUUUGCGGAUAGCAAUAAUAAUAAAAUUGCUAGAUUUAAUUCAAAAUUUUAUACUCAAGGUACAUCAGGUGUUGACGCUUUUGCAUUUAAUUGGGUAAACGACAAUAAUUGGUCAGUACCACCUAUUAACUUAAUUAGUCGAGUGAUCAAACACAGCGUAGCUUGUAAAGCUAGAUGUACGUUAGUGGUCCCGAAGUGGAUAUCUGCAUCAUAUUGGCCAUUAUUAUUCCAAAGUAACAUGUUAUGUCAAUCUUACAUCGCAGAUAUGUUAGAAUUUAAAGAUACAAGAGACAUUUAUAAACACGGAUCAAAUAAAAAGUCUUUAUUUGGAUCAGAUAAAUUUACAGGCAGUGUUCUUGUUGUUCGCAUUGUUCCUUAA